AUGGGUGAACGCGAGCUCUAUCUUCUCAAAGUUUGUCGUGCUCUGAUGGCAUAUGGCGCUCCGACCCAUCGACUCGAAGAGUACAUGUACAUGACCGCAGAAGUCAUCGGACUUCGGCUGGAAUCUUUCUACCUCCCAGGUAUUAUGAUCAUCUCAUUCAAUAACACAAUCUGGCGAAGCACAGAGGUCCACAUUGUCAAGACAUCGCAGACUCUCAACCUUUCCAAGCUUUACGACUCACACGAGGUGUACAAGAAUGUCAUUCAUGACAAGAUGGCCAUAGAAGACGCAAUUUCGCGACUCGACGAGAUCAUGGACAGCAAAGACAAACAUCCCCGUUGGCUGUGCGUCAUCAUGUUUGGUUUUGCUUCGGCAUGCAUUGGACCAGUGUCUUACGGUGCAAGGCCCGUGGAUUUGCCCGUCAUUUUUGUCUUCGGAUGCUUACUUGGGUUCAUGCAACUCGUCAUGGCCGAGAAUUCAGAAUUGUACGCUCAUAUCUACGAAGUGUCAGCAGCUAUCCUGAUGACCUUCCUGUCUCGUGCCAUUGGCUCUAUCAACCAUGGCGAUGGUCGCUUGUUCUGUUUCUCUGCUAUAUCGCAAGCAUCUCUGGUUCUGAUUUUGCCUGGAUUCAUAAUCACAAACAGUGCCUUGGAAUUGCAGUCAAAGAACAUUAUCUCUGGAGCUGUACGAAUGGUAUACGGCAUCAUAUUUGUCCUCUUUCUUGCCUUUGGCUUUACUGUUGGAAGCACAUUGUAUGGUGCGCUCGACGACAAUGCGACUUCUGCGACGACCUGUGAAGCGCCAUGGCCUUUCUGGUGGCAAGUCACUUUUGUCAUCCCGUUCACCUUUUGCUACAUCAUCAUCAACCAAGGCAAGUGGAAGAAGAUACCAGCCAUGUUGGUCCUCUCCAUGAUCGGUUGGCUCGUGAACUACUAUGCUGCUCAAGGAUUCUCCAAGAAGACCCGCAUCUCCAAAGGCUUCGGCUCGAACAUUCAGAUGGCUCAAAUGCUGGGUGCCCUUGUCAUUGGACUUGUAGCCAAUCUCUAUUCGCGCCUUGGUCAAGGACUUGCUGUUGCGUUACUGCAUCCUGCGAUCUUCAUCCAAGUACCUGGAAGUUUUGCUGCGUCGGGCAGCUUGAUCAAUGCAGUUGCUAACGCUGAUCUGCUCACAAAGAACAAUCCCAGCGAUGGGAUGUCAAACGAUGCGCAGAGUAACAGUCUGCUGACCAACGCUGGUCUUGCCAUGAUUGAAAUUGCCAUCGGCAUUACUGUGGGCAUAUCCAUCAGCGCGCUGCUAGUUUACCCUAUACGCAAGAAGAAGAGAAGUGGUCUAUUCAGCUUCUAA